UGUGCAAGUAUACUGUUCAUGACCAGUGUGCCAUGAAGGCAAUGCCUUGUGAAGUCAGCACGUAUGCCAAGUCGCGUAAGGACAUUGGUAUCCAAUCUCACGUAUGGGUGCGAGGAGGCUGUGAGUCUGGGCGCUGUGACCGUUGUCAGAAAAAGAUCCGGACCUUCCACAGUCUCACCGGGCUGCAUUGUGUAUGGUGCCACCUAGAGAUCCACGACGACUGCCUGCAGAACAUGGGCCCUGAGUGUGACGGUGGGCUGCUCCGUGAUCACAUCUUGCCUCCAUCUUCCAUCUACCCCAGCGUUCUG